UGACCGUUAGAAUUGAGACGAUGGGAACGUGACGCUGGCUGCAACGUCGGCUAGUAUGAGCGAGGGUGGCGGGGAGGCCAUGGCCUCAUAUGGUACGGCGGGUUAUCCGCCACCACAGCCUGCCACCCCGUCAUCAACCGUACCCGAGUCGAAGACACCGGGCCCGGCGCCGGGUCUACCGCCGUUCAGCUCGUUCUCGGCAUUGGAACUUGCCGAGGGUCUGGGCGCACGGCUCGGCCCGAGCGACGGUUACGACCCAACUACCGGUCGGAUAUUAGACAUGCACUGGGACUAUAACCCGGACGGGCUGCACCGGCCGGAUCUGUACCCGACCACGAUGAUCAUACCGCAGCCCCAGUCGUACCGGCCGUGGGAGAGCAAGCUGGACGGCAGUAACUCGCAGGACUCGAUGUCCAAGGGGUCGUUCGACUAUCCACCGUCACCGGCCGGCAGCAAGUUGCCGUCGUUCCAGUCGCAGUUCAACUUCCAAAACGACCAACAGCAAUCGGAAACGGUUUCGCUGACCACGCUGACGCCGGCCGCCGUAUCGCCCACCCAGUCACCCGGCUUGCCCAGCUUCCACACGCUGUCGACGGUGAACGUGGCCGCUGCCACUGCGCCCCGCGGCUAUCCCACCCUGGUCCCGGGAAUCCAGCAACAGUUCCUGGACGACCGGGCCGGCACCAUACAUUUGUUCCAGAGCCCGCAAUACCCACCGCCGCCGCCGCCACCGCCACACGCGUUCGCACCUCAGAGCCACCAACACCAGAGCACCAUCAUCCAGGGCAACUUCAUGGGGGCGCCCCAUCACCAAUCCAACCAGGCCACACUGCUGACGGUUGUGAAAACCGAACCGGUGGCCAUUGUGUCCGCGCAGAUACCCAGCCACGUGUACCAGAACGCGGGCGGCACGUACAUCGACUCGGUCAAGAUGGAGGACACGCUGUCGCCACGCGGGCUGCAAGAGUCGCGGAAAAAAGAACGGCGAAAAGUGCGCGCGUCCAGCAUGGACAGCUCGGUGGAGAGCGACGGCGUGGGCAGCUCCAGCGUGGAGAGCUCGGGCCAGGUGGCCGCCGUGAGCAGCACCGCGGGGUUCAAGUCGCCGCUGGUGCAACACAAUGUGGUGGGCAUGACCGGCGGCGGUGGUAGCAACGUGAGCAUCGGCGGGUCGAUGAUGGACUCGGACCAUUGCGAGAACGGGGCCAACGGCAUGGACAAGCAGACGAAGAAGAAACGGAAGCGGUGCGGAGAGUGCAUAGGGUGUCAGCGGAAGGACAACUGCGGCGAUUGUGCGCCGUGCAGGAACGACAAGAGCCAUCAGAUAUGCAAGAUGAGGAGGUGCGAGAAGCUCACCGACAAAAAGCACCUCUUAUAUCUGACCAACGAAUCCUAUCCUCGAGGGGAAAAUCGAAGAGGGCGUGGAAAAGGAAGUCGAGCGGCCUACAGGAACAAGGGCAAUCGAUCGAUAACCGGGAAUUCAGUUUCUCAACAACAGUCCCCCGGACCAUCGACUCCGCUGAACGGGGCUCCCGGAUCACCAGUGGUAAUGACUGAAUCUCAUCAUAACUCCCUUUCCGGGACGGUGUUAACCACGUCUGGCAACGGAACCGGGUUCUACGGUAAUCAGGCAGUUAGCAUUAUGGAAUCCGAUCCGAACGGAAUUGGAUUUAGAGAUAACCGAUUCGGAACGCCAGCCACCGUGUGGCAUUCGACUGACGGAAACGCAUUGGGUUGGACGGCUGUCACUCAAUCACCCCAACCACAAUACGUUGGCCAACAAAUUCAAUUAGAAGAUAUACGAUACCAUUCGCCUGCAAAUACUCUGCAUUAUUCCACUCAUGCACCACCAAAUGUUUACAAUCAACCGGGCUAUCAAACGGUGAGCGCGGCCCAAACACCGACAACCGGAUUCAUUCAAGUCAGUAAUGGUUUUGCUCAGCAACCAACUCAAGUUACCACUAGCUCGUUAAUAAACGGUGUGCCAAACGUCGCGCCCACUAUCAACGGUAACGUGGAGUACUUGGAAUCUUCUGGUAGAACUGAUUUCGUCAACGGAACGCCGAAUUACAAUCACAUUUCACAGACCGUACAAGAACAGUCACCUUCGCAGACCAUGGAUUCGUCCAACGACACGUCAGUCAAGGUAGUUAACAACAGUUUCAGUCAACCCGGUGCGGGAAACGCGAUACCUGGGUACCCACCUCAACAACCUCCCCAAUCGCAACAGAGUUUACACAACUCUAAUGGGUACCCAGGUAAAAAUGAUGGAAAUUCCGUAGGGGAGGAGAGAAGUCGAGUGUCAGACUCUCCUGCAACUGGCGUAUGGGGCCAGUCAAAUAACCAAUAUGAUACAUCAACUCCAGUAUCUGAUAAAAGCAACAUAAAUAAUCGAAUAAAAUCGAUGAUACUUAAUAAACAACAGUAUCAACAGCAACAAUAUUUACAAGACAGACCACAAGAUCAACAACAAGCACAACAAUCCCAACAUCAACAGUAUUUAAACGAUCAGUAUCAACAAAAGGAACAUGGUUCUAGUGAUCAAAAUAACCAUCAACAUAUGCAGCAGCAACAACAACAGCAACAGCAACAGGUGCAAAUUAUACACCAACAACAUUCUCAGCAGCAACAAUCUCAACAACAAGCACACCAACAAGCGCAACAGCAAGCGCAACAACAGGCUAAACAACAAGCGCAACAGCAAGCACAGCAAAGUGCUGCACAACACCAACAGUAUCUAAAUGAACAGUAUCAAACAGAACAGAGGCACAGUCCAACAGAGCAAAAUAAUCAUCAACAAAUGCAUCAUCAGCAGCAAAUACAGCAACAGCAAAUACAACAACAACAGCAGCAGCAGCAGCAGCAGCAACAACAACAGCAACAGCAGCAGCAGCAGCAGCAACAACAGCAGCAACAACAGCAGCAUCAUCAAAAUAUGCAGCAAACGCAUAAUCAACAUCAGAUGCACCAACAACAUUUGCACCGACAGCAAAUAAUGCAACAUCAUCAAGCACUUCAGCGUCAGCAAAGAAAUGACGACAGCGGAGACGCCAAGAGUCCACUUAGUCAAUCUGAUCAUCAACAAUAUCUGGCAGAUUCGAAACAAAAUUUGAUUAGCAAUAAUUUUUUAGUCCAAGGCCACCAUCCUCGGAGCUUAGCUACUGAGGGUGGUGGCUUUUAUUCGGAAGUCGAACGACAUUCGAAAUACCAUCAACGUCACCACCAUCAUCAUAAUCAACAACAACAACAACAACAACAACAAUAUAACAAAAAACUUUUUGACUAUUAUCAAAAUAUUUCAGAACCUCAUAAAAUCGCUCAUGUAAAAGAAGAGUUCAUUAAAGUACCACACGAAGUGAGAUUGCACAGGUUACCAUUUGGAAUCGAUCCUAGAGUGAGUCAAAAAAAUGGUUAUAUAUUCUGUGGUAACGGUGGUCCUAGUCCAAUUGAUGUUGUGGCUGGUCCAUGGUGCUGCCGGUUGGGUGGUACAGAGACUCCGACGUCAAAACAUUUAUCUAGCGGGUGUUGUCAUGGACUGCAAACGAUAGACGAAGUGGUCGAUCCGGAUGACAUUAAAAAAGAAAAUUGUCUACACAAUAGUCAGUGUUCUGAUAAUCCAAAUGAUAAAUUGAAAACAAACACUAAACCUGCAGUUCCUGAUUGUAAUUGUUUCCCUGUUGACCAAGCGCCACCUGAACCGGGACCAUUUUACACACAUCUUGGUUCAGCGUACAGUUUAAUUGAACUCAGAAAAAAUAUGGAAAAUAUGUCGGGCAUACAGGGAAAAGGAUUACGGAUGGAAAAGGUUUUGUACACAGGAAAAGAGGGUAAAACAGCACAAGGCUGUCCGUUGGCAAAAUGGGUAAUAAGACGUUCGUCGACCGACGAGAAACUUUUACUUGUCGUUAAAAACAGACGAGGUCAUAAAUGCCAGCACUCCUGGAUAGUGAUUUGUAUCGUGGCGUGGGAAGGUAUAUUGUCUGACGAGGCCGAUUUUUUGUACACGAUGCUAUCACACAAGCUCAACAAAUACGGAGUACCAACAACUAGACGAUGUGGUACUAACGAUCCGAGGACAUGCGCUUGUCAAGGGCUUGACCCGGAUACGUGUGGUGCCUCGUUUUCAUUCGGAUGCUCAUGGUCGAUGUACUACAACGGUUGUAAAUAUGCUAGGAGUAAAGAUGUUCGAAAAUUUAGACUUUCCGUACGGACUGAGGAACAAGAGUUAGAAGAAAGACUGCAAACGUUGGCUACGACUUUGUCACCGCUAUAUAAGUCACUAGCUCCGGUGUCGUACAACCAUCAAAUCCAAUAUGAACGUGAAGGAUCAGAUUGUCGAUUAGGAUUGAAACCCGGUCGUCCUUUUGCGAGUGUCACGGCUUGUAUAGAUUUUUGCGCUCACGCUCACCGUGACUUUCAUAAUAUGAAUAAUGGCUGCACAGUGGUGGUGACAUUGAACAAACAUCGGGGAAUGCAAAAACCUGAUGACGAACAGCUCCAUGUACUUCCUCUAUACGUAGUAGACGAAUCGGACGAAUUUGGUGAUAAACAAGCUCAAAAUGAUAAAUUUAAGAACGGUUCAGUUGAAAUGCUUUCCAAAUUUCCGUGCGAAGUGAGGGUAAGAUCGGUACCACUGACACCGUGCCGACGUAAAAAACGUAAAGACGAAGAACUCGAAUCGCCGAAAAGAACACCUCUACCAACGAGACAAAAAAACCAACAAUCCGAACAAAACUGUGACAACCAAGUUCAAAGUUCACAGAUAUCUUCGACGGUAAUGGACAGCCCAACGUUAAACAUGCAUUAUCUAUGGAAUCAACCAGGUUUACUGGAGCAGAGUCCAUCCAAUUUCUACAACGGACAACAAUACAGCCCGUGGAAUAAUUUUGACAACUUAAUGUCUCCGAGCAUGGUGAUGGAAAUGAAUUCCAAAGCAAACGUGACGGCUCACCUCCCGACGUCCGACCGUCAUCACGUGCGCAACCUGUGGCCACCCGUCGGGGGUGGCUUACCCGGCGGUAAGCCGGUAGAACCAUGUCUGCAGGGUAGUAGUUCAGCGCCGACGCUGCAAAAUCCGUCGGAUUACUACGGCCAGUCGACCAGCUACGGCCAGACCAGAGCACCAGCUGCGAGACUACCGAUGACUGACCCGGCGAACGUCGACAACGACCGUUAUUAUUAUAAAUCUAGUCAAGUCCUGUCCAAUCCUAUGGCGGCGUCGAACGCCGUCAUCCCUCCCCCAGCGGAGUACAGUCAUUAUUACGGUCAGCAGCCCCCCACGUAUUCCCAACGCUCGGCUAGCACGACAGCGGCCACUGGUAACCACCGGUUUCCUCCGCCGUCGGUGCCGCCGCAGACGCUGCCCUACGCACAAUCGUCUCAGCUGUACCCUCCGGGCCCGACGGCUUUGUUCAACCAGGGGAUGUCCCAGUACCAACUUCCGAGGUGGGAUCUAUACGGACCGACACCGUACUUCCCUUCGGCCAUCGUGCCCGAACCAACGACAGCAGCGGCGGCAGCGGCGGCGGCGGCGCCGAAAGUUCAUCCGAUCGGCGAGGUGACCGAUUACAUCGAGAACGAAGAAUGUUUUAAGGACCCUCGGUUGGGCGGUGUGGCCAUAGCGCUCAGUCACGGUUCCGUUCUGUUCGAGGUGGCCAAACAGGAACUGCACGCCACCACGGCGCUUCGGAAACCCGACAGGUUGCACCCAACCCGCAUUAGCCUGGUGUUCUAUCAGCACCGGAAUUUGAACAGGUCCAAGCACGGCUGGGACGAGUGGGAGGAGAAGAUGAGGGCGCGCAAAACGGGCACUGCGUCGACGAGUUGCGCGGCCGUGGCCACCGCCGCGACCACCACCGCCGCCACUGUUGCGAACGCGUUGUUGACAACCGCGGGCGGACGUAAAUCGGCCACGGUGACGACUACCACGUGGACCACGUUGUUCCCGAUGUACCCGUGUGUGGUCACCGGUCCGUACCAAGAAAACCCGUGUCAGUAGUCAACAAGUCGCCGAGGAAUAAGGGUUGAUUUUUGUUUUCUUCCCUAUCUCUGUGCCGACCCAAACCCUUCUACCGCCAUAAAGCCGUACGGCACGCGCUACGUGAUUUCGCGCAUUUCCUCUCCACCCAGUCUAACCUCGAUCCCUUUUCCACUGUACACAUGUAGGUACUAACCCAUCACACUCACUUCUCGAAUUCCACUGAAUGCCAAAGAAGCAAUAAUAUGUAUUGUUUAUUUUUUACUUUGAAAUAACUUAAGUAAUCAUUUGAUAUCGAUAAAAAGUAUUAGGUUAUAAGUUUAAAUUUUUAAUCACAAUUUUUGUUAUAAUUUGUUUUACUUUUGUUUUAUUUAAUUUUUCUUGUACA